CGACUGCUCCCGGAACAUUCAGCUGAAAUAGCGGAGAUACGCGCCCUCUCUUCUGAUUGCGCAACCAGAGCGGGAUUAAAGUCGACGUGAAGCGGACUGGCCGCAUACCAGAAGCUGUGCUGUCGCUCUGGACCACUGCCGCUUCGACUUGAAGUCCCUUCGUUGAACCGCUUGAUCGGCCAACCUCGACUUCGCCACGAAACGCGAGCAUCAUUCCAGUGUCAUGGCGGCAGCGGCGACCGCGUACCAGUACACCCUGACCGGUUUCGGCGAGUUCCUGGAAUGGCGCACGGUUCGGUUCGUCGAGCCCAUGCCGCGGAUCCGGGUGUGCAGACUCUGCGGCGUCGUGUCCUCGGUGGCCAGACUGCUGCCGUGCACGCAUGUGCUGUGCGAUUCGUGCGAGAGACAGGCGGCCGACAGGGGGCGCCAGUGUCCCAUAGACGGCGCCGCAUUCGAGAGGGAAGAAGUGCAGACGAUGCCGUUCGCUAGGCAAGACCUCGCCGAGCGUCAGGUCCGUUGCAUCAACGACGAGGCGGGCGGCGACCGUGCCCUCGGCUGCAUCUUCACCGGGAAGCUGGCCGCCCUGGAGGAGCACUUUCUGGCCCACUGCAUGCACGGCCUGGUGCGCUGCUCCAAGUGCGGUCGAAGGGUAGUCCGCAAGGAUGCGGUCGAGCACUACGUCGGCUGCGAGGGUGGAGACAGCGCCAGUCCCGGUGAGCCCGACAGUGAGGGCAAAGUGACUCUCGACGCCGCCGAAGCGGGACGCCUCGCUGAAACGAUAAAGGAGAUUCAGCAGGAGCUCAAGAACUCAGAUCUAGGCACUCCCAAGACCCACGCGAACAUCGUAUCACUGAAGCGCAAAGCUGUAUCCCUGGGCAAUUUUCUCAGGGUGCUCGAUCCGCACGCAAGCCAGGGCGAUGCAUCUAGACGCAGCAGCUGUUAUGACAGUGAACUUGACUCGUGGACUAUCUGCAAGUUCGAGGGUAUCGAAGCGAUGCGGAAAUCCAACGAGCAGACGCUGUCGCUGAAGGAGCCCUGCAAGUUGGCCGGCUACACGUUCACGCUCGCCUGCAAGUUCGAGAAGAGCCGAGGAAAGCUAUCCAGCGUGUCCUUCCUGUUCUGCCUCUGCCCUGGAGACAGGGACGACUUCCUGGAGUGGCCGUUCGCCAAGAAGGUGAAACUCAGCAUCAACCAUACCACGAUGGAAGGCAGAGAUAUCCCGGUCACAUUGAAGAUUUGCCAAGAGAAGAAUGCCGAAAGCCUGAAGAGGCCCCAGCCAGACGUGCCGCCGAAAGGAAUACUGUCGGAGAAGAUCACGUGGAAGUACAUUGAGAAGAAAGAUCUAGUCCGAGACGACUGCCUCUUCGUGGCAGUGGAAUUCGAAUGAGCGGCCGCUUACGCAUCACCCUCACUACAUCAUAUUUCAUCUUUCGUGCUUUUGUACUCUUUCUUUCGUGCAACAAUAAAGAAAAGUGCAGAGAAAGGCAAAAAUCCUAAGCUACACCUAGACGUCUCAAGACAGCAGGGUACAU